UUUUAAGUACUGCACAGAAGUACAAACGAUUUCAAGGAGUGCCUCAGUCAAGCAAGAUCAUCUGAGCUCGCUGGAAGUUAGAAGAAAGUUUUCACUUGAAGAUGGCUUUGAAAUUACAUGAAGUUUUCUUCUUAUUUCUUGUUGUGGCUGCAACUCCUACAGGUGCAAGUUCAUCAACCGAUAGUGCUUCUACAACAACAGCAAUAGCUGAUGCCACCACAUUACCAGCCAAUUCUCCCGGUUCACAAAAUAGUGCUCCUGCAUCAUCAGGUCAACCUACAGAGGAAAAUAAAGGCACUAGUGCAUCAUCCGGCAGUACUAUCAGACCUGACAACCAAUCCACAGAUGGUUCUACAACAUCAGCAACAACAACUGAAACGGGACGACUCGGUGUUACAGCAUCAUCCGGAGGUACUGCUGCACAAACAGUGAAGACUACCACAGCCGCUAGCGAUGGUUUCCGCCUGUCAACAGCCUUGUUCCCCAUCAGCAUCUUCAUGAUGGUCGCCCUUGUACUUCAAGACUUGUAAAAUGUGUUUUCUUACCUGUUCCGCGCUGAUGCUGACCCUGCUACCUGUUUGACUUCAACAUAAUACAGGGCAAAAAAAAAUUAACUACAUCUAACUAUCUUUAUUUUAUAUUUAUGCCUUAAAACAUUUUCAAGUAUUUACUUAGAGGCUGUGAUAUAAGUAAUAUAAACGACGUGUUUACAUUGUUGUGUAAAAACUAAGACUUGACAACAUAUACUAUUUUAACACUUUUAAAAAAGAAUCAAUUUUUUUAUCUAUCUAAAUUAUAUAGUGUUUUAUGUAAACGUGUCUUUUUUGUUUCUUGUUUUUCAAUCUUUUGUCCCAUUCAUAGGUCUUGUAGACCUAAAAGCUGGAAUAUCAACCUUAGUAAUAAAUCCUCUGCCCUUACUGACCACAAAGGGAUUAGGACAUCACAACAUUGUUAAAAGGUUUUGUCUUUAUCACCAUUAGUUUUUGACAAGAGUCCAGAUUACUUAAAGUACAAUUUACAAGCUACUAUCAAUAAUGAAAAGAAUUAAUAAGAGAAAAAAUGUUCCAAUUAUAGUAAUUAAAUAAGGAAAGAAAACAAAGACAAAAGACACAUUCUUACACUUUCUGACUUCCAAAGAAAGUGUCUGCUAAAUGGUUGAUUCUAAUCAGUAGCAACAAGUAUUUUAAUUCGUAAAAUUUAAUUUCAGGCAUUGCUGGUAAAGAUUUAACUCGAAUAGUUGCAUCUAUUAAACGGCUGGAGCUACAACUUACACAUCUGUCUGUUAAAGUAGUUUGAAAUUUUACUUUGAAAAGGAAAUGCUUUCUUGCCCUGUUUAGAGAAUCAGAAAAUUUUCCCUAAAAGCUUUACAAACCAUGUGUUUGCCAUAUAUGGUGUAUAGAUAUAUAUAUAUAAAUAAUUUUAUGAAAGCAUACACCUAUGCCUGAGUAUAAAUCUAUACACUCACAAAAACUGAGUGGAGGAAAAAAUAAUACAUUUUCUUUCUGCUUCCUGGAAAUUUAAUCAUGUAAGUUUUUUGGAAUAUUAUUAAAUGCUAUAGUGUUUCUUCUUUUUUCUGGUACUUAAGCUUUAUAUGUCUAAAGACAUAACUAUAAAAUGUUAAUAUAGUCUGCCCAUAAAAAUUACAGUAGUAUCGACACAUUUUUAAGAAAGAGUGGAGAUGCUAGAUAGUGUUUGUUUACUUCCAAGAAAAGUAAUAAAUAAAAAAACGGAGGUCCUAAGAAUGUGAACUUACCUUUAACGAAGAAGUUCUUCGGGGCUAAAGGACAUGUUAGCUGUUGUAAAUAGUCUAUUCUCUUUAAAUUGUGAAUCGAAAAUGCACUGAGUGUAAUGUAUGUUGCACUUUUUAAUCAUUUCAUUUAGUGCACAGCGAUUGGCUUUCUUGAGCACUUUGUACUCUAAAGGUUUCAUUUUGUGAUCGUCGUCUCUAACUAUAUUUAGAAUGUCAUCGACAAAACUAAAGAAUAGGCGUUGGACACAGUGGUUGCUUCCUUCAAAGUGUUAUUAUAAACUAUUUGCUUUAGUCACACAUUCUCUACAUGAAGCUUCUCUAUCAGCUGAAAAUACAUUACUAACACCUUGUUUGUGUUUACUUAAGCCUAGGAUGAUUUCUUUCAUCUCACUCGGUUCACUUUCAGCACAAGACUGAAGAAACUAGUCUUUAUUUUUACUCGGUGGAAUUUUUUUUUAUUAAUAUACUUAAGAUCUGCACUAUUCUUUGAAGUUUCCUAACAUGCAUUGAAUCUUUUGAAGAUGACAAAAAGGGGAAAAAAUAUGUCUUGUCCAACAGAGUUUGAAAACAGGUUUGUUUACUCUUGCAAAGAUAGGUCAAUGAAGUUGUAUGUUUUAUUGCUUUUCCAUAUUUUCGUAUUCUUUUGACCAACUUCAUCGUUAACAGUCUUCAUAAGCUUGUCAUAUACUCGGUCUUGACGACGUGUUAGUCCGCUGGCUUCAGGGGUUCAAAAAAUGUCAGUUGAAAACCGUUAUACACUUUUGUAAGUUUGAAGUACAAGUGGAUAAACAGCAUGGUCUGGUCUUUUACAGUCACUAGCUCAGUGAAGUGUGCGACAGUUUAUUUCAGAAUACACCUGUCCUUAGGUUUUUUGAGCAGAAAUACAAGCGCAUUAUUUUCAUAGAAUUGAGUUUUUAAACAACAAUAACGUGUAUUAUCUAAACAUGUCGGAGCACGCGUAGAUCGCUCAUUGCAUGCAUUAGCAGUCUUUCCUUGUGCUUGAUUAUCAAAGUUGAUGUAAAUAGAAAUAUUGUUAAUGAAAAUGCUGAUUUCAUAAAAUUAUUUAUUUUGAUUUAUUAUAUUUUUUUUACUAUUGUUAGAAGUAUCAUUUAUAUAACCAAAUAAAGAUUUCACGUUUCUA